UUCCUUUCUCCUCUGUAUUCCCUGGAGUCGUCUGUUCGUGUCUAUGUGUAAAUGUAGCCUGCGCCUAUGAUUCUUUCUGUGUCCCUCUGUAAUUGGCCAACUGCGCCACCAAUUAUGUGUGUGUUUCUGAAAGCUGGUGAUUGUUCAGUGUUUGCAAUGAAGCAAAUAGAAUAGUGGUCUGAGUAAUUAAAGCAAUUGAACGAAUCAGGCGUGUUGUCUCCUUCCUUUCUACUGGCCUGUGAAACGCUACAAUAUUAUCUGUAUCCACGUGUUGUAACCUCACAGAAAUGUGGGGCUUGUUAGUGGUUUUGUGGUAAACUGAAACACCCAUCCAUUCUAUUUAGGACCUGAGCUGGAUUUCAGCCACGUCUUCCAAUGAGGAAAGUGCAUUAGCCUGUUUAGUACCACCUAGCCCCAGGUUUAAUCAAACCGCUUGGAUUAUGCAUUGCGCUGUACAAAGAGUUCACAACAAUCACAUUUGGGAAGUCAAAUACAUCCAGAAAUGGACAGUUCUAAAUUGGAUUCCACAAACAAUUCAGCAGCGUGCGUGCUCUUUUUCCAUACAGCAGCAGUUUGAGGUUUUUAAAGUGAAAUCAUAGUGAAAGCAUUGUAAACACUAUCCAAGUACAAUGCAUGCGGGAUCCUUGUAAGUUACUGUACGUGUUUAAACAAGCAGCUGUGUAGCAAGAGGGUGUCUAUUAAAACAAGUCGCCUUGGAGUACACUUGCAAACAGAGACCUGGGCACAUGUUUCUUCUUUAUUGCGGGGCUCUGCUUCAGUGCGAGAGCCAUGGCCCCGGGUUCGAGCCCACGUCCUCCGCCUGUGUGUGGAUUGCCUCGCCCUGUGAGAGGCGCACGCCUGCGGGAUCCGAGAUCGCUACAAUACGUACCGAACUACUUGUGUUUACAUCACCAUCAGUCUUUAUUUUCAUAUACUCCGGUAGGGCUUGUUUUUUGUCCUUAUUAUAAAAAUAUGAUUGGGGUACAACAAAUUCAGAUGGCGACCAAAAUACACACGCUUUUUUUAAUUUUUUUAUUUCCGUUCACAUUUUAAAACACGUUACAAAUACAGUAGUAGACUGAAUGUUUUAUUAUUAUUAUUAUUAUUAUUAUUAUUAUUAUUUGAAAACCAAACAACCAGGCUUCCAUGUGUCAGUAAAUACAUCACAGUCCAAAUCGUUUACUAAAUAUGACCCCUAAACUGACGACUGUUAGCGAUCACGGGUGAACAGGCUAUCCAGAUCCACGCAACCUUUCCUGCUGCUUGACUCACAGCCGCUCCCCGUGUAAACAAACUCACGGGACAAUCUCGUGUGUACCGCGAAACCGCCGCCAUUCGGGCUCCGCCGCACACCCGGCACCGCGAAACCGCCGCCAUUCGGGCUCCGCCGCACACCCGGCACCGCGAAACCGCCGCCAUUCGGGCUCCGCCGCACACCCGGCACCGCGAAACCGCCGCCAUUCGGGCUCCGCCGCACAGCCGGCACCGCGUUCACACGAAGGGACAGUUGAGCCCACAUGGCGCUUACACAGCUGCAGUUUAAUAACCCGUGCGCUGUUCCGUGUUGCGCAGUCGCUGUAGAGCUUUGAGAGUCCACAGCAGCUUGUUUUGGUUGUGUUUGAGUGAAGGACUGGCAAAUUAUUAUUAUUUUUUUAAUCCGGUUGUUUAAAAUAACAAUAAUCCCAGAGUUUUAACCCGGGCCAGGAGAGAAACACGCUUCUAACGGUCAAGCAGAAGAGAUGGGUGCUGUUUGGAGCAGCACGGAAGACGAAAGGGAACCGCUUUUGUCCACAACACUGCAGUCUGAUUCCAGUUUUGUUCAGCCAGUCAGUCGGGUGUACAACAGAAGAUGGCUGGUUCUGGGUCUGUUUUCCCUGCUGGGGUUCAUGCAGGGAAUGGUGUGGAACACUUGGGGUCCGAUCCAGAACUCUGCCAAGCUAGCCUACGGCUUCACCAGCAUAGACAUUGCCAUGCUGGUGCUGUGCGGUCCGGUUGGGUUCAUUCCUUGGUUCCUGUUCAUGUGGUUGAUGGAUAAAAAGGGUCUCCGUGUUACAAUGAUGCUGUCUGCGUUCCUGAUGGUGGUUGGGACUGGGUUGCGGAGCAUCCCUCUUACGGAUCUGUCAGUAAAGAAAUGGUUGAUCCAUGGGGGACAGCUACUGAAUGGUUUGGCCGGCCCAACUGUUAUGAGUGCUCCCCCUUUGCUCUCCACAACAUGGUUCGCUCCUGAUCAAAGGGCCACGGCCACUGCGGUUGCAGCUCUGCUCAGCUACCUGGGAGCUGCAUGCUCCUUUCUGAUUGGUCCCCUGGUGGUGCCGGCACCCAAUCAGACAACACUGCCCCAUAGUUCGGCAGACAUGAGCAUUGCCCAUAUAAGGGAUCGUGUUCAAAUUGUACUGUAUGCAGAGUUUGGCAUGGUCUUCCUGCUGUUUGCCGCAGUGGUGUCCUAUUUCCCGUCUCGGCCCCCUCUCCCCCCCAGUGUGGCUGCAGCCAGCCAGAGACUGAGCUACCGAAGCAGCUUCUGCCGACUCCUCAGUAAUUUCCGCUUUCUGAUGAUCGCGCUGGCGUAUUCCGUGCCGCUUGGUAUAUUAGCCGGAUGGUCAGGAGUCCUGGACAUGAUUCUGACACCUGCCAAAGUCAGCCAGGUGGAUGCUGGUUGGAUCGGGUUCUGGUCUACAGUAGGAGGCUGUGUUGUUGGUAUUGGAGUGGCCAGGUUUGCAGACUCUAUGAGGGGCAUGCUGAAGCUCAUCUUGCUGCUGAUGUUCUCCGGAGCCACUCUGUCGUCUACCUGGCUCACCCUCACCUGCCUCCCCGACAGUGGCUCCCACCUGCCUUUAACCGCAGCUACUCUGUACACCUCGUGUAUCCUAGUGGGAAUAUUCAUUCUCAGCAGCGUGCCCAUGUUCUUCGAGCUCUUCAUUGAAACGGUCUAUCCAGUGCCAGAGGGCAUCACAUGUGGGGUGGUCACCUUCCUAAGCAACCUCUUCACUGGAGCCUUGUUGUUUUUCUUAACGUUUUAUCACACAGAUUUGUCCUGGCUGAACUGGUGUCUCACAGGAUCCUGUCUCUUCAGCCUUCUCCUUAUCCUCCUCUUCAGGGAAUCGUAUGACAGGCUCUAUCUCGAUGUCUUCGUGUCUGUCUAAUGGAAGAAAGAACACUUUUUUUUUUUACAUGACAAGACUGGACAUUUUUAAUUAGGACACUGCUCUGAAUUGCACAAUGAACAGAGGGAAGAAGGUACCUGGAAGUGUUAUUUUCUGUUGGUGAAGUUGAGUAUUUCCUCAUUUUGUUGCACUGUUGCUGUUUUAUUUUUAGUUUUUUUUAAUGUUUUUUAAAUUCAGAAACCUUUCUACACAUUCAAAUAAUGAAGCUAAGCUUUUGUUACAUGGAAGUUUAGCUCCCCAAUGCUUACUGCAUUUACUUUAUUACCUGUAAUCUACUGAUAUUGUCCAGAUGAAAAAAAAAUUAUAGAUAAUUCAUCAUAAUAAUAAUAAUAAUAAUAAUAAUACGCCAUACUGUACAUGCAGCUGCAGGGUUUUACAGGAGCCACGUACUGUGUGGACUGUGAACACAUCUUUAGGACUCGACUGUCAAACCCAGAAGGAUUUUUAGGUACUGGAAACAGGGUGGACUCCCAGUGGGACCUCACUUCCUUUAUGUUCCACAUGAUUAGAAAGCACAGUGUUGUGUAAGACUUGGCUCCAUGGAGGGAGGCACAGGCUCUGUGUGAACAAGGCAUAGUACAUGGCUUUUCAGCCCGCUAAGCUGCUGGCUAUCGAUGCACGCGGUAGAGAAGGGGUGUGGAUAUGGACAGCAGUAACCCAGGAGUUCGUUACUGAUGAUGUGAAACCAUACAAAGGAAGCUGCUAUAGAAUCCCAUUCCCCCAUGGUUCUGCUUGAUCACAGUGAAAUCCCCUCACCAUCAAUCUCUGUGGUUACUGCUCUUGAUAAUUGCGGGGAUAUGUGCUAUAAGCCCGGGACUGGUCCACUUGAUGUCUGUUUUACAGUUGAGUGGAACAAAGAGGACCAGCUCAGUCUUCUGUUUGAAAUGAUUGGCUGCUCAGUCUUCUGUUUGAAAUGAUUGGCUGCGCAGUCUUCUGUUUGAAAU